AUGUGUUUAAAAUGCUGUAAUUUAAUGUUCAUGCUUGAAAGUCCUUACUAUCUAGUCAUGAAAGACAAAAUCAAAGAAGCAGAGAAGAGUUUACAGUUGUUCAGACAAAGCAGAGAUGUUUCUAGUGAACUAAGUAGGGUUUCAGAAGUUGUGAAAGAAGAUCAAGCCCAGUCGGGUCAUUUCUAUGAGCUUUUUACAGUCCCUUCUAACAGAAGAGCUGCUAUUAUUGUUUUUGGACUUAGGACUUUCCAGCAAUUCAGCGGUACCACUGUGAUAACCUUCUACGCUCAGAGUAUUUUUAGAGAAGCUAGUGGGGAUAUAUCUGCUAGUACUGCCUCCAUGAUCUACUUUACCCUGCAGCUUAUUUGUGCAAUGAUCUCAUUGUUUUUAGUAGACAAAGUUGGUAGGAAACCUCUCCUGGUUAUAUCCAUCAUUGGAUCAGGUGUAGCACUUUCUUUGGAAGGUACAUACUUUUUCCUCAGCAACAAUACUACAGUAGAUGUGUCAAAUCUGAAAAUUAUACCUUUAGUACCUUUAUUGGGUUACGUAGUGAUCUUUAACAUCGGUAUGGGAGUGAUUCCUGUACUGUUUCUUGGAGAGAUGUUCUCAACGAAUGUCAAAGCUCUUGCUCUAUGUCUAGCAGACAUAUGGUUUGGUAUUCUGGUUACAGCAGCAUCUAAAUUCUUCCAGAUAAUGCAAGAUGGGUUCGUUUUUAUAUUCUUUGGCGUGCCAGAGACCAAACGCAAAACGUUGGGGGAUAUCCAGGAGGAACUAAAAGGCAAAAAAGAAAAAGAAAUAACGGAGAAGAACCCUGUGUUAUAUUCUAUAAGUUCUUAG